UACAAACUUACCUUCCUCUAAACCCUUUCAAGCUUCAAACACUUCCCUUGUAGCAAUGGCAACCUCUGCAAUCCAACACUCGGCUUUCGCCGGCCAGCCGGCGUUGAAACCGCAAAACGACCUCAUCAAGAAGACCGGCACCUUCACCGGAGGCCGCUUCACCAUGCGCCGUACCGUCAAAAGCGCACCACAAAGCAUUUGGUACGGACCAGACCGCCCAAAGUACUUGGGCCCAUUCUCUGAGCAAACCCCAUCGUACCUGACCGGUGAGUUCCCCGGUGACUACGGCUGGGACACAGCAGGAUUAUCGGCUGAUCCCGAGACGUUUGCCAAGAACCGUGAGCUUGAGGUGAUCCACUCUCGGUGGGCAAUGCUUGGUGCACUUGGCUGUGUCUUCCCCGAGCUUCUCUCAAAGAAUGGUGUCAAAUUCGGCGAAGCAGUCUGGUUCAAGGCCGGAUCCCAGAUUUUCUCGGAAGGCGGGCUCGAUUACCUCGGAAACCCCAAUUUGGUUCAUGCCCAGAGUAUCCUAGCCAUCUGGGCGUCCCAAGUCGUCCUCAUGGGGCUCAUCGAAGGGUACCGUGUUGGUGGUGGUCCACUUGGCGAAGGACUCGACAAGAUUUACCCCGGAGGGGCUUUUGACCCACUUGGACUUGCUGACGAUCCAGAAGCGUUUGCUGAGUUGAAGGUUAAGGAGCUCAAGAACGGUCGGUUGGCGAUGUUUUCCAUGUUCGGAUUCUUCGUUCAGGCCAUUGUAACCGGAAAGGGCCCGAUUGAGAACCUUUUUGACCAUCUUAGCGAUCCCGUAGCUAACAACGCCUGGGCUUACGCUACCAACUUUGUGCCCGGAAAAUGAGUUGAACAACUGUAAAUUUGAUAAUCGGUAUGCAAAAUUACAAGCAGAAGCUGUGUUGUCGAUGAACUAUGUAGCAUUUCAUAUAUCAAGCUUCAGUUUUUAUUCCCCAA